AUGUCUGUCCAGCUGGCUCUGCUCCUGGGGGCCGCACUCUUUCGCCCCACCUUCUGCAGCAUUUCGGCCACCGGACAGCUAACAGGGAAUAUGCAGAAGAAAAUAAGUUACCAGGACCACCUCAAUCUUGCCCAGCGCAACGGCAACUUUGCUGUCAGCCUCUACAGGCUCUUGGCUGCUGAGAAUCCUGAGUCCAAUGUCAUCUUCUCCCCGGUCAGCAUCUCCAUAGCCUUGGCCGUUCUGGCACUGGGGACUGACAGCCACAUCACGACUGAAAUCCUACAGGGCCUCAAGUUCAACCUCACUGAGACCUCCGAGGACGACAUCCACCAAGGUUUCCAGAAGCUACUGGGACAUAUGAAGCUUCUCGGGGCGCCCCUUCAGAUGUACACGGCCGUGUUCCUGGACCAGCAGCUGUACCUGUUGGAGAGCUUCAGGGAGAAAGCCUGGGAGACGUACACCGGGCACACCAUCUCCAUAGACUUCCAGGAUCCUGAUGCUGCCAAGAUGCUCAUCAACAGCUAUGUGGACGAUAACACUCAGGGGAAGAUCUCUAAGAUGGUCAAGCAGCUGGACGCAGAGACCAUGUUGGUCUUGGUGAAUUCCGUCAUCUUCAAAGCCAAAUGGAAGAUGCCCUUUGACCCUGAUCUCAACUUCCUUUCAACUUUCUUCUUGAACCAGUCCAAGUGGACAAAUGUAAUGACGAUGAGAGUUGAGAACCAAAAGAUACUCUUCUUCUGGGAUGGGAGGUACUCUCUCAAUAUUGUGAAGCUCCCAUACUCGGAUGGCCACAUCAGCAUGCUCCUCAUCCUCCCUGACAUGGGAGCCAUGCACAAUCUGGAGACCGCACUGAGCAUGGACCUGAUCUCUUUCUGGAGGAACUCGAUGAGGCCGAGGAAGAUGACCUUGUACUUGCCCAAGUUCUCCAUCACCAGGAGCUACAACCUGGAGCAAUUCUUGCCUAAUCUGGGCAUCACCAAGGUCUUCUCCCAAGAGGCGGAUUUCUCACGCCUCUCCCCUGCCAGGAACCUGAGCAUUUCCCAGGUGGUCCACACUGCCGCGGUGGACCUGGCUGAGAAGGGCACUGAAGAAGCUCCCUUCCUGGGAAGGACCAACCCUCUGACUCCAAGACCAUUGGUGAUUAUGAACUUUAACAGGCCCUUCAUGGUGGUCAUCUUCUCUGAGGACACACAUAACAUCCUCUUCCUGGGCAAAGUGGUAAACCCUGAGCAGGAAUGA